AGUUUUGCAACUGCACAGUUUAUUGCAGGAAAACACAAUAUGUACAACGGAGAAACUUUUCUCAAGUUGCGUUAUGCAACGGAUCCCGAAGCAGAAACAUUUUUUCAAUGGGAAGGAACUGUAUUUGCUUUCAUUCCAGGCCAACCGCCAAAGCGAGUAUUCGAAUGCGUUGGCAUGAAUGUCGCUAGAGCCACCGUAGAGGACGGUAAACUUUACGUGACAAGCCGCGAGUUAACGUAUUUCCUCGACCCGACCACUCAUGAAAAGUUGGACGAAUGGGUCAAUCCCUGGACAAACGAGACAUUACCCGUUAUUCAUAUUGCGAAUGACCCGGUGCAGAUGGCUUUGCCUAUCGGAAUCCCACUUAACGCACGGAGUAAUGCCGCUAGCAAUACCACUGCCGUGGCAGUUGAGAUUCCGCUAUUCUACCCGAAUCCCUUGGCAACAGAGGAGGGAAAAUUUGACGCAUAUGAUGGCAACAAAAUGUAUCAAGCGGGUGAAUUCUUUACUUUCAGAUGCGCAACGUCUGAUUUGGAGAAACCGGACACCAUUGAUAAGGUGGACCUCGACUGGACACGCAUCUGUGGAUUUGCUCCGUUUAUGAAAAUGGGCAAAACCAAUGGAUAUUUGAUUUUCCAUUGCACUGGGUACAAACUGCCUCAAAACUCCACAUAUGAGCAACUCCAUCCGGUGUUGCGCAAGGAGAUUCAAGACCGACUCAGCGAAUAUGCGCAUGCGCCAUGCAAAUACGAUGCGGCCGUCAAAAGUGUGUCGAGCUGGAGCUAUUUCCGACAACAUUAUGAUCGCUACGUCAAUGAUCCAAAGACGGUUUGGCCAGUAAGCCAGGCAGAAUAAAAAAAGAAACUAUUGUAAUGAUUUCAUCAUGGGCGUGAAACACCAUGCAAAAUAAAAAGCGUUGAAUGUGAAUGUCUUCCAUGCUCGUGUAACUUUGGCCAGGCAAAAGGGAAUAGGACAAA